AUUAUUAUUAUUUGGUGUGUUGUCUGCACUGCCCCUGUGCACAUCUGUAUGUAGGCAGGUAUGUGUGUGUGUUUUGCCUUUCUGCUGUGGCCAAGUUACAGGCACCUUCAGCCCUGGGGGCGUGGUCUAACUUGUGGGCUGGCCACACCCGAAGUCCUGGCCGCACACCUGCUCCUCAUCUGGGCUCGUCGGGGGAGCUAUUUAGAUGAGCGAUGGAGCUUCCACCGACGCUGGAUUAUUGCGUUUGACUACACGAGGAGUGUGGGACGAGAAGGAGCAGUGAGCACGGGGAGUGCAGAGACACUGGGGCAGAGAGCACUACACGGGGACUUUUGGGAAGAAGACACUACACGGGAGUCUGGGAAACUGGGGAUUUAUUGUUGUUUAUUUUCACCACCUUGUAAAUAAACACUGUUGCACUGAAGAGUCCGGCGUUUGGGUCCUAUUUCCCCAUCUCCCCACGGUCUGCCAGCCAGACCGUGACAGAAUAAUCCAGCCAUUAUGGGCCCAGCGGACUCAAGGACUGUCUCACAGGGGGAAUUGCUCGCCCAGCUCUGGAAAUACUGUCGGAGCAUUAUCCAGGCGGCAGAUCCACAUCUGAGACACAUGCAGGUCGUAUUUUUCGAUGCCUUCCUUUCUUCAACCACCUGUUCUAUGAGUUUUCUGGACAUUGCAAAGCUAAUUCAAAUUGUAACUGUGUUGAGGGCUAGCUCUAGCUUUGAACUGUUUGGUUUAGGCUGUCCGGGCAAGGAGGAUGCGGCUGCCUCCCUGGCAGCCCUCGCUGCCUGGUUUUUUCUUAAUGGGCGGAAGGUUUUCCCACCGCCGCUUGCUGCUCACCUAUUGGACCCUCCACUGCAAGGAGGACGGCGCCCUACUCCAUCUCCUCUCACUUCUUCAAUGACCUCUGUGUCAGCAGACCAAAGACCGACAGUGCUGGUCACCACAGUGAGUAAACCGGACCCUGUCAUUUUAACUAAUCCAGUCACAGAUGAACAGGGGACAGGUCCCUUUGCCCCGCCAACACGAAAGAGACGGCGCCGGCGUCAUCCUCGCCAAACCGAAGCUCACUUCACUCCUGUGGUUUGGGAAGAACCAGCUGACUCUGGACUGAUCGCACGAGGAGCCGCGGACCCAGUGCUAGAACAUGAGCCUGCCACUACAGACAAUCGGGAGGCUGAGAUUCUCCCCAGGGCUUCCCCAGAGGCUGAACUGGAGGCCUCAGUUGCCUCUGGCCCCCUGGAAAUUGCUGAGCCAGCGGUAACAUUGUUUUCCUCUCCACCCUUCAUGUUGGACAUAUCACCCUCACUUCAAUUAGCUGCCCAGCUAGUCAGUCGGUCAUCAUCUGUUCCACCUUCCACAUCCACUGCUCUGCCACCGCAUCCACCGCCUGCUGCUGCCAUGUCGCCAUCGUCACCGCCGGGUGACCGGCUCAGCGUGCGGGGGGAUCCCGCGCCGCAGCCGGAGGUGCUCAGCGAGCCGGAGGAGCCCGCACCGCCAGCUGGGGAGCUCAGCGAGCCGGAGGAGCCCGCACCGGAGCUCAGCGAGCGGGAGGAGCUCAGCAUGCCCGAGCCGGAGCUCAGCGAGCGGGAGGAGCUCAGCAUGCCCGAGCCGGAGCUCAGCGAGCGGGAGGAGCUCAGCAUGCCCGAGCCGGAGCUCAGCGAGCGGGAGGAGCUCAGCAUGCCCGAGCCGGAGCUCGCGCUGCCAGCCGAGGAGGAGCUCGCGCUGCCAGCCGAGGAGGAGCUCGCGCUGCCAGCCGAGGAGGAGCUCGCGCUGCCAGCCGAGGAGGAGCUCUGUGAGCCGGAGCAGCCCAGCGAGCCACCCACUGAGAAGCCCGCACCGCUGCUGGCGGACCUCAACGAGCCGGAGGGACCGGCGUUGCCAGCAGAGGAGCUCAGCGAGCUUGGUGAGCCUGCGCUGCCACCGGAGGAGCUCGGAGGUCCGGAGGGAUCCGCUGAGCCAGAGCUGGAGGUCUGCGUGCCGGAGGGGCCGCCACGUCCUGCAGCCCGGCCGCCACGUCCUGCAGCCCGGCCGCCACGUCCUGCAGCCCGGCCGGUACAUCGGGAAUCGUGGGUGGUGCUGAGGCGGGAGCUGCAACGCCGCCGCCGCCACUGGACCCGUGGCCGCCCGCCGGAGCUGUAA